UUUUAAACGCACCGUCUGCUGACAGCUGGGUUCACUGAAACACCUGCAGCAGGUGUGUCGCUGCUGAUGCCAACAGGAUGUCCUGCUCCUCCUGCUCCUGCUGCUGCUGUGAGAGUCCCAGUGGAGAGCUGCUGCAGGGGAUCAGGAAGAAGGAGCAGCUGGUCAGAGAGGAGGAGGAGGAGCAGGAGGAGGAAACAGGGGGAGGAGGAAGAGGAGGAGGAGAGGAAGAGGAGAGCAGGAGGAACAUGGACAUCUCUCUGCUCAGAGAACAGUACCGGAGCAGCAGAGACAGACAGAGGAGACACACUCAGGUGCUUCUGUUCCGGAGAGUGUCAGAGGAGCUGUCAGACGCCAUCAGCAUCAUCCCCGUCACUCAGGGUUUGACGUCACCGCCUCCGGCCCCGACCUUCGACCCCGACCCGUCGACCUUUGACCCCUGGCACCUCCACCUGGGCCUCCACCGGCGCUCCUGCCCCGGCGUCAGCGUCCAGCUCCCGGGCUCCUCCCCGGAGACAAACAGCAGCGUCCACAGUUCGUCCAGGCGUCCGUCGUCUUCGUCCUCGGAGUCCAGAGGAACGUCUCCCUGCAGCUCCUUCAACAGCACCACAGAAGAAGACCUCCGAGCAGGGGGGUCCAGAGCAGAUCCUCCUGAGGAUUCUCAGGAGAGCUCGGCCCCCGGCUCCCUGACCAGCUCUGAGGGAAGCUCCACCCCCGUCGCCUCGGCCGCCGGCUCACAGGAAGACCUGAAGGAGAGCCGGUCUACAGAUGUAAAAACCAGUGCUUCAGUGAGGAGGGGAUCCAGGAAGUUCUCGGCCCCGGGCCUCAGGUUCACCAGGCAGCUGAGCGUAGGGGGGGUGGGCUCGUCCUCAGGGGUCCACCACAACCAGGACUACUACCCGUUCCCCAACAGGAAGACCCCGAGGAUCUCUGAGGCCGCCAGGAGGCUGGGGAUGUACUCGUCCUUCUGAGCUUAACUGAAGGGGAAAUAAAUGACGUUCCUGUCUCCUGGGUCCUGGUCCUGGUCCUGGUCUCAGUUUUACCUGAUCACCUGCUCCUUCUCUGACGUCGGGGACUGAGGUGAAGUCGCUCGUUCACAGGAAACGAGUCGUCGGCUCAGAUCAGAUCAGAUCAGAUCAGUGUGAACCAGGAAACAUUUCAUGUUUAAAGAUUCACUAAAGAAAUAAAGAAUCAUGAAAAUAAA